CGGCAGUUCAGUCUUUCGUGGACCGGUAUCCGAGUUGGACGUUUUUCUCCAAGCGCGUACCAUCGGGGGUAGUUCAGUUAGUCUUCCGGGUUGUGCUGAGAUCAGCUUUGGUGUGCAGUGUGAUAUCCUACAGUCAGUUCUGUUGAGGUGGGUUGGGAGAAGUUCCUCGUCCUACUCGCUCUCCCGCCCGGCUGGAUUUGUGGGCUGCCGCCAGACGCAGGCCACCUACCGGCGCCGCCGUCUUCAUCGGAUUGGGGUGGAUAGGUGUUUUUGAGGGAUCUGCCUUCCGAAGCCAAGCGCUGAUGCAAGCCGCCAGACCUAGAAAAUUAAAUGAAUGAUACACUCAUUCCAGCCACGCACGCGACUGAGUCCAUCUGCCCAUGUCGUUGUCUCGUCUUGUUGUGAUUAAUUAAUUACAGUGAUUUUGAAAAUUGGAUCAAGUGUGAUAGCGUUCGUUCGUGCUGUGCCGUUGGAAUUGUGGGUUGGUUAUUGAAGUGACAUGUUUUCCCUUUUAUGAGCUGUGGGGCGUAAAAUUCCUUGAGGAGUUCGCGGUACGUUGUUUCCGCAUUUCGAGCAAAAGGGGUAAAUUUCCUUACGUUUCCGGUUCGUGACCGAUAAGUGAGCAUUGAGUGCCAGUAAACCAGGGGGAAAAUUAUCCGAGUUUUAAGCUUUGUGGAUUAUAACGGUCACCGGUGAAACCGGGGUGUCAAGUGCAAAACUUGGAAGGCUCUCGUCGCGUUUCCUGUCCGUACGUAGCCGGUAUUUGUGAUUAAUUCAGAGAAUUUCCCUCUCAGUAGGGUGGAAAGCAUCGUAACAUAAAACGGCAUAAAACAAAAGGAGAAAAUUGAAAACAGUGUGUCGCGGAAAGCAGUGUGCAAUUUGUGCAGAAACAGCCGGGUCCGGUCAAUAUUUCUUGAGCCGUUGACAUUGAACAUCUCAAGCUUGUAUAAGUUGAAUCGAGUGGAAUCAGUUAUAGAAAUUGUGCGAGUUCAAAGGAUUUUGAUUAAAUUUAAAGCGGUUGUCGUCGUUAGAUAAGGGAAUUGCGCGCGUGCAAGUGUACGAAUUCAUAAACAGCCAUCGUUAAGAGAGGCGGGUAUAGUGCCAUUUUAUCGCCAUCGUUUCGAGAGCACAUGUGAAAUAAUAUCGCAUAUCGGCGAGGGAGAGAAAGUGGUGUGCCCGGGUAGAACCAGACCAAUCUGGACUGGACGGCGCGGCGUGGCGACAGUUUGAGCAUUAAUUCGAAACGAUAAAACACGGAUACAUAGAAGCCGAAUCAUGCUGCAUUUGGACGGCCGGCAAGCGACCUCGACCCGCCGUCAGCUGGUAGGGCUUCUUAUCGUUGUGCUGGCGAGUCUGGUGGCUAGUGGUGCUGCCAUGGGAUGUCCGCAGAAGUGCUCUUGCCAACAGCGCACGGUACGGUGUGUCAAACAGCAGCUCGAUAAGAUUCCGGAAAUGCCGCUGGACACCAACAUUGUAGACCUGCGUUACAACCGGAUCCACGAGGUCCCGACGGAUGCGUUCGCCAAUCUGGCCCACCUGCACACGAUUUUCCUCAACGAGAAUCAAAUCGUACGGAUCCAGCCGGGAGCAUUCCGGCGGUUGCCGUCGCUCAAAUAUCUGUAUUUGAACAAAAAUCACAUCUCCGCCAUCGAACCGAAUGCGUUCGAGGCUCUGGACCGGCUGCAGAGCUUAUUCCUUUACGGCAACCAAAUUAAGCGGAUUCCCGAGGGCGCCUUCGGCGAGCUGCCAGCAUUGCGACGCUUCAGACUCGACGACAACCCCCUGGAAUGCGACUGCUCGCUGCUGUGGUUCCGCAAGUGGUUCCAAGGCCUUGGACACAACGCACAGGCCACUGGGCAAUGUGCCGUGCCGGAGACGCUCGCCCGAAGAAACCUGGCUGACCUGACGGACGGGGAUUUCCAUUGCACCAAACCGGAGAUUGUGACCGAACCGAGGGACAUCGAGAUAAGCUACGGUCAGACGGCCGUGUUCAGCUGCAAAGCCGUCGGCGACCCCCGGCCGGAAAUUGUGUGGAUGCUGAAUGCGAACGAGAUCCACUCGGACGAUACGCGGAUCAACGUGCUGCCGGAUGGGUCCCUGCGGAUAGACGAGGUCAGCGCCACCGAUGCCGGCCACUACGAGUGCAUGGCCAAGAACAACAUGGGCGAGGUCCACUCCCGCCAGGCCCAGAUGGUUGUCAAUAACGAGGUCAUCGAAACCGAGGCGGAGGCACCGAAAUUCAUCCAGGCUCCGCCGGUCGAGCUGGAUCUGGCCGAGGGUCAACCGUUGGUGCUGCACUGUGUCGUUUCGGGGGCACCCACGCCGAGCAUUUUAUGGAAGUUCAAUAAUCAAAACAUCCAGAACGGCCGCAUCAAACUGUUCGGAAAUGGGUCGCUGAUUCUGCCGGUGGCCUCGCUGGAUGAUGGCGGAGUGUACAGCUGCUAUGCCGGGAACGCCAUUGGAAACGCGUCCGUCAAUGCCACCGUGCACGUGAAUGAAAUUUCGCGCUCAACAACUACCGCCACGGCAACAAUGCCACCAGCAUCAGCAUCGUCGCAGCAGACCAUCGUCAUCGCAUCGUCGCACCAUGGUGAUGAUGCAAUUACGACGACGCCUACAACCGUGCCCGACAGGACCAGCACUACCGUUGCAGGUCCCGGAAAAGCUCCGCCGCAGUUCACCGUGGCACCGGAAAGCGUCACCACCAAAACCGGAAGCCGCGUAACGCUCGAGUGUGAAGCGGACGGAAACCCACUGCCACACAUCUGGUGGAAGCGCAACGGGCAACCGCUGAGCGAGACGAACCGGAUCUACCUGAGCGACGACGAUAUCGAGCUCACCAUCGAACACGUCAAGGAGUCCGAUGCAGGAAGCUACACCUGCGUGGCGGAAAACGAAUUGGGAAGCAUCGAGACGAGCGCCGAACUGGCCGUGAUAAAUGACGUCGGACCGCCGAGAUUCCUGUUCGAGCCGUACGAUCUGGAUGCCAUCGAGGGAACGACCAUCGAGCUACCCUGCAAGGCCGAAGACGACGACAUCAUGCAGACUAAAUGGCGCAAGGAUGGCCGUACGAUAACCCAAACGGACAAAUACCGGCUGUCGGUAUCGGGCAGUUUGUUCAUCUCCAACCUUACCGAAGCAGAUCAGGGCCGGUACGAGUGCUCCCUGCUGAACCAAUACGGACGGGCAACGGCCAGUGGACUGCUGACGGUCAAGAAAAAGUUGGAACUCCUCCCCGGAGAUCAAUUCGUGCGCAUUGCCAUCGCCGAAGCAUCCCGCGAAGUGGAUCUUGCUAUCAACCAAACCAUCGCUAAGUUGUUCUCCGUCGGCGCGAACAGAACCCAGCAACACCACGGUGACCUAUUCCGUAUCGUACGCUUCCCAACGGGACCCGCGCGAGAGCUAGCCCGAGCGGCCGAAGUCUACGAGCGGGCCCUGGUCAACAUCCGCAAGCAUGUUAACUCCGGACGGAACCUAUCGACCAACACCACGGACUUCAACUACAACGACCUGCUCUCGCCGGAUUACCUGGAUCUGCUGGCUCAGCUCAGCGGUUGCAUGGCCCAUCGGGUGACCCCCAACUGUACGGACCUCUGCUUCCACGCCAAGUUCCGAACGCUGGACGGCUCGUGCAACAACUACAAGAACCCCACAUGGGGAUCGUCACUUACCGGAUUCCGUCGGCUGUUACCGCCGAUCUACGAGAACGGGUUCAACAUGCCAGUUGGAUGGAACAAAACUCGGCUGUACAAAGGGUUCUCAAAACGAAGUCCUCGUCUGGUCUCAACUAGCCUGAUUUCGACGGAGGUCAUCACACCGGACGAUCGCAUCACGCACAUGGUCAUGCAGUGGGGACAGUUCUUGGAUCACGACCUGGAUCAUGCGAUCCCGUCGGUUAGCUCGGAAAGUUGGGACGGAGUGGAUUGUAAGAAGACGUGUGAGUAUGCGGCACCAUGUUAUCCGAUCGAGAUCCCGGAAGGUGAUCCGAGAGUCCACAACAGGAGAUGCAUCGACUUUGUACGAUCGAGUGCGGUUUGCGGAUCGGGAAUGACUUCGAUCUUCUUCGGAACGGUACAACCGCGAGAGCAGAUCAAUCAGCUGACGGCGUAUAUUGAUGGAUCGCAGGUGUAUGGGUAUUCGGAGAGCUUUGCAAGGGAUUUGCGGAACUUGACGACGGACGAAGGUCUGUUGAGAGAGGGACCACAUUUCCCGAAUCAGAAAUCGCUGUUGCCGUUCGCAGCGCCUACCGAUGGAAUGGAUUGCCGGAGAAAUUUGGAGGAAAGUACGGUGAAUUGUUUCACUUCCGGAGAUAUUCGAGUGAAUGAACAGUUGGGAUUGUUGUCGAUGCAUAUCGUGUGGUUCAGGGAGCACAAUCGAAUUGCGCAGGAGUUCAAGAGGAUCAAUCCACAGUGGGAUGGGGAUAAGAUCUACUUCGAGAGCAGGAAGGUGGUAGGGGCAAUGAUGCAGCAUAUCACUUAUCGGCAAUGGUUGCCGGAGAUCAUUGGAGAGCAAGGCAUGACUCUGCUUGGCGAAUAUCAAGGCUACGAUUCAUCGAUCGAUCCGUCGAUUUCGAACGAGUUUGCAACUGCAGCGCUGCGAUUCGGACACUCGUUGAUCAAUCCAAUUCUGCACAGGUUGAACGAGUCGUUUGAACCGAUCGAACAGGGUAACCUAGCGUUACACAAGGCGUUCUUCGCUCCGUGGAGGAUCGUUUACGAAGGAGGAAUUGAUCCUCUACUACGAGGAUUGUUCACGGUUCCGGCAAAGCUGAAGAAGCCUAACCAAAAUCUGAACACGGAUUUGACGGAGAAAUUGUUCGAAACGGCACAUGCUGUGGCGUUGGAUUUGGCGGCGAUCAACAUCCAGCGAUCAAGAGAUCACGCUCUGCCGGGUUACAAUGACUACAGGAAGCUCUGUAACUUGAAGGUGGCUGACAGCUUUGAUGAUUUGAAAUAUGAGAUUACUAGUGAGGCAACGAGGAAGAAGCUACGAGAGCUUUAUGGCCACCCAGACAAUGUUGAUCUAUGGGUAGGAGGAAUUCUGGAAGAUCAGCUUCCGGGAGCAAAGGUCGGACCACUGUUUAUGUGUAUCCUGGUAGAACAAUUCAGGAAACUUCGUGAUGGAGAUCGUUUCUGGUACGAGAACGAUCAAUUCAAACCGGAUCAACUGGCUCAGAUCAAGAAGACUACGCUGGGACGAGUACUGUGCGAUAACGGAGACAACAUAACUCGAGUUACCGAUAACGUAUUCGUCUUGCCAACCAAACAGGGAGGUUACAAGUUCUGCGAGGACAUUCCGGAGAUGGACUUUGAGCACUGGAUCGACUGCAGUGAGUGUUCGCGGCACCACAAGCGUUACAAUGCGUUACCCAGGCAACGAAGAUCGAUCCGAACGAGACGGGAUAUUACUAGCAAGGUGGCGAAACAACCAGAACCGGAGAAUCACCUGGAGGUCGAGGAUUCUUUCGUGGAAGAUGACAUGAACGAGGAACGGAUCGAGGGUUUGGAAUCGCUGAUCGAAACGUUCCAGAAAUCGAUGAAACAGAUGCGAAGGAAGAUUCGUCGACUGGAGCAACAAUGCUCGGCUGCGGCAGCGGCGGCCAACGGAAGCUCGAACCCCGCAAAGGGCAAGCCACACGGCCACUGUGUGGACAACAAAGGCAUCAAGCGGUUGAACAACGAAAUCUGGAUGCGGGACGACUGCACCAAGUGCGAGUGCGAGCACCAUCAGAUCAGCUGCGAGACGGAGAAGUGCGCCGAACUGAUCUGCGAAAAUGGGUUGAUCCUGAUGAAGGAAGAUGGCAAGUGCUGCCCGACGUGUGCCGUGGACGACAGCGGUGUUGCUGCGGUAGCCUCGAAGGAUUCACCAUGAAUGUGGGGUUAGCUCGUGCCGGGACAGUGAUAAUGACAAACAAACAGGUAGCGUUCUAAAGGUUAGAUUUCAAGUUAGUUAUAAUUGACGGCACACGUGUAGCGUUUCAUGGAGAUUCUUCGUCAGCGUACCUUAUGAUGGUAGUGCUGAAGUUAUCAUUAGCA